CAUUACCUUCCUUUUCAAAAUCAUUCAUAGCUUCCAGAUCUACUUGAAAACAAUGAGUCAUCGCCAUGCAAUGGCGGAAGAUUCAGUUACAGCCAUGCCUGUUACUGGAUCUAAGUUCUCUAAAGAAAUAUAUGACUUCCAGCUAGGAAUUGAUGCUCAUUCUGAACUUAUCACCACUUCUCAUAUGCGUACUACUAACAUGCAUAUCACAGAUGACCACACAUGGCUCUCGAGACAAAAUCUACAGCUUUCUUUGUUGGGCUAUCUUUUUGAUGACAUGGAAUUUGAUGAUGUCUGCAUGCAAAGCUAUAUCAAUGAAUACCAUGAACGCCCGCAUCCUUCAGCGUGAUAGGAACCUCUUCAUCAUCAAGUUCCAUAGCUGCAAAGAUCUUCUCACCAUCCUGGAUAAUGGGCCUUAUGCAGUCGAAGGUGGCUUACUGGUACUUUGCAGAUGCUAUGAUCACAAAGAUUUGGCCUUAGGCAACAUUUGGAUUGACAAGCUGAGUGUCUGGGUGAGAAUGUAUGGUGUGCCAAUCACUUUACUGAAUUAUGCUGGUGCAAGAGAUCUAGCAAAAAGGGUGGGAGAAGUAGCCCUUGUCAAGAAGGACUGCGUUUUCCUCCGUAAGGCCACCUAUGUCCUUGCCAAGGAUGGCAGCACCAGCAGCAGGGAGGAGGAUGAUCAGAACCUAAUGAUCUCAGAUGAUGAAGAAUCUUUUCCUUUAGAUGGUUUAAAUGAUAGCAUGUAUGGUAGUUCCACUGGGGCCUCUGUUGUGCCCUCUACUUUUGUUCCAAAUGUCCCUGAUUUCCCACCCCUUGAUGUUAGUUCUCCUGAUAAUGUCUUUUGUGCUUUCAUCUCUGCUGAAUUCUCUGAUUCAGAUACUAGUACUAUGUCCCCUCCAUCUAUACACAAUAUUAGUCAUUCCCUUGCUAGGCUAGAUGAUUUUGUAAUAGGUUCUGCUAUUGCUUCUCUGAAAUGCAGAUCCAAAAGAGUUCAGAAAGCCAAAGCCCACAAACAGGGAAAGACCAAGAAAGGUAGCUCAAGGGCAGCUGAUGCAGUUUCUGACUCUCAAUCAAGUGAAAGUUCCUUCUGUAUGAAGAUCAGGAAAGCUCAAUCAGAUACAGAUAUUCCAGCUCGCCCCAGGUUUUCAGCAACUAUUAAAGCUCAGAUAGAGAACAAAGCCAAUUCACAAGGGGGAUGGUACAUGAAGGUAGAAAGUGAGGAUGAUGAUGAAUCAGAUUUAGAAACUGUUGAUCAGACUGAUAGCAGGAAAUGUCAUUCUGAAGAUUCAGUCUUGCAGCUUUUAAUGGCUUUACAUGCAGCCUCCAGGUCCAGAAUCAAGCUCAAGAUUCCAACUCUCUCAAUGGCUUCUGUUUUUAAAAACUCUCUAGUAGUGGAUUCAGUAGGGCAUAGUGGUGGAUUAGCCCUCUUUUGGUGUGAUCGUGUUCAGCUCACAGUUUUAUCCCAAUCAUCUAACUUCAUUGUUGCCAAAGUUACUGAGGCAACAGGUUUUGAUUGGGUGGCUGUCUUUUUAUAUGGUUUGCCAUCUGCGCAAGGUCGAACCGACUUUUGGAAUCAGCUAAACAACAUUAUUUCUGCUUUAUAUCUCCCUUGUAUUAUUUUAGGAGACUUUAACCAAGUGGUUAACCAGGAAGAUAAGCACAGUGGUCAUCAAGUUAGAGAGACGGAUACAAGACCACUUCGAAAACUUCUGAUCACCAAUGAGCUUGAUGAAUUGCGACAUCUAGGUUGCUGGUUUACCUGGUCUAACAAAAGACAAGGUAAUGACACAAUAUUUGAGCGUCUGGAUCGUGCCUUUGCAAAUCCACGAUGGUUAGAUUAUCUUGGCUCUGAUAUAAUUCAAAAACUGCCAAUUUUACACUCUGGUCAUGGACCUCUGGUCAUUGAGCUUAAAGGUCUAAAGAAAAGAAAGCCUAAAAUCCGUAUUGAACAAUUCUGGUCAACCUAUUUACAAUCAAAUGAGUUAGUGGGACAAGCAUGGACUGUGCCACCUCUUCAGAUUGAUAGUAAACCAAAAGUAUUGUCCUUUAAAAUGGACAAGAGCCUUGGUAAUCUUCAUAGAUGGAGUAAAGAAGGAUUUGGUUAG